AGGAGAUUUUUUUAGGAAUUCAAACGUAACCCAUGUAUCUAAAGAUGUGAAAUUUGAUUGCUAACUCUUUUUUUUUUUUUUAGCCCAAAAUAUCCCGAUUCCACUAAAGGAUCAGUUUCGUGUCCUUUGCAACAAAUAACCCCUUAGAAACUUCCACUUUUUUACAGUUCCGCUGCCCACCGGUCCGUGAACACCACAGCCCCGCUAAGCGGAACCAAUAGCAGCGUCAAUGUCCCUACACGGACUCAUGUUAGCGCGCACCAGGUCGGUCGGCGGUGAUGUCGCAGGAAAUGUCAACAUUGUUUUGUCUUUUUUGUUUGUUCUAAACAAAGGCGACUGACAUGUGAAACCUGAAACGGAUCCGGGAAUUAGUCAAGUGGAUUCUGGGCGACAGCUAUAGAGGUUCUGGAGAACCGUCCCAGUUUCUCUGUAAAGAGAAGUCAGAUCUCCUUUGAGCAAAAAUGCUGAACUUCCUGGGUCUUCGGAAAGAGCCGAAAAAGGUCGACAAGGAAGUCGAUGGAGGCUUUGUUAUGCUCGGUGAAAGAAUAGAGGAGAAGAGGAACAGAGGCCCCUCCACCAACGUCAUCGUGCAGCCGUUAAAGCCUCGCUCUACAGCUCCUCCUCCUCCUCUUCGUCCUCCUGGAGAGACGGUCACAGCAGCCGUGUUUCCCUCAGACCAGACUGGGGGGCUUUCGGGGGCUGAAGCUGCAUCCAGCCUCCCGGAUCUGCUAUCCGACGUCCCGUUCACGUUGGCUCCUUACAUCCUGGCCAUGCAGACGGGCCUCCCCGCCGUCCCAGACCUCCUCCUGUCCCCGGACGUGAACUGCCGCUUGUCCAGCUUCCAGUACGACUUCAGCCUGGAGAACUCUGUGCUCCACAGCGCCGCUGCUAUGUAAGGGAGGAGGGGGGGGGGCAUGAGGUAUGAGCCCAUGAAUAAAAACAUGAAUAAAACAAACUUGACCCUAUAGCUGAAGUGCAGAGCAGGUUUGGAGGAAGGAGGGACGCUCUGUAUCUGACCCCGCCUUUCUUCAAACGUCAUGAAGCAUAAAGCAAUUUUCAAUCCCAGCUCCGCACUGGCCCCCCCCAUGCUCUGUUUGAAUAGAAUAUUUUAGCGGAUGAUGAAGCUGAAAUCAGCAAAGUGUCCAGCAUAAGGUUUUGUAUCGCUCGAGUGACUUCAACCAAGUCGUCUUUCAAAGUUGACAUAGAACUAGAUCAGGUCAUCGACGUGAGGACAUUUUUAGGAUCUGAAGAGUGUGAGAGCUCAGCUCUCCAUCCAUGCGUGAUGUUUACAUGAACAGAAAAGUGUAAUUAUGAAGAAUUGCAGUUCUUCUUUGAGGAAUUUUUGGAACCUUUGUAAUGUUUUAACUUCCUUUGUUGUUUAACUUGAAGAUGUGAGGGGAAAAAAAGGUCCGUUGUUCAUGUGCACUCUCCACUGAUGAAGUUCUGCAGAUGUUUUUUCUUCACGCUGUCUAGUUGUAAGUUCCUGUUUACAUGAAGCCCCCAGACUGCCACCUGUGCCUUCACCUUCUGUAUGAACCAAUUAAAAAAUGUUUGAACCAUGA